CCUUUCGCUCAACAACACUGUCAUUAUUUACGUGUCACCUGUAGUUUUCUUUUUUUUUUUAGUUUUGAACAAAAACUAUAAUUUUUUUAAAUAAAUAAACAAUUUACGGAUAAAAACAAUAGAUAAAACAGAGACAUAAUGGUUGAUGAAUGUACCAAAAAGACUUUGAGCAGCAUACCGCUGCUACAGACCCGUGCUGGGCCCCGUGACAAAGAUAUAUGGGUGCAACGUUUGAAGGAGGAAUAUUUGGCUUUGAUUAAGUAUGUCCAAAACAACAAAGAAAACGGUUCCGAUUGGUUCCAUCUGGAAUCAAACAAAGAGGGCACCAAAUGGUUUGGCAAAUGCUGGUACAUGCACAAUCUGCUGAAAUAUGAAUUUGAUGUGGAAUUCGAUAUACCAGUAACGUAUCCUGUAACCGCUCCCGAAAUAGCCUUGCCCGAAUUGGAUGGCAAAACAGCGAAAAUGUAUCGUGGUGGUAAAAUCUGCUUAACAGAUCAUUUCAAGCCGUUGUGGGCGAGGAAUGUACCGAAAUUUGGCAUUGCCCAUGCCAUGGCAUUGGGGUUGGCACCCUGGUUGGCGGUUGAAGUUCCCGAUUUAAUAGAAAAAGGUAUUAUAACCUACAAGGAUAAAUGAGAGCACAAACAAAACGCGUUCCAGUAAUUAUUGAUCAAAUUUUAUUUUCCCCCCCCAAAACUUGAUCAAAAAACAAAGUAAAAUUCCACGGAUAUCUUCUGUUAACCUUUUAGAGGUUUUUGAAUGCAUCUUUGCUUGGUUUCUUUUUUUAUUCAUAUUUAAAUAGAUUUUCAUCCUCUGGUUGAAAAAAAAUAUUUUUUUUUGUAAAUAUUUCAGCUGGAAAAUAGUUAGAAUAAAAUGGUAAAACAAAGAGGAAAAACAAACAAUAAUAAAGAACAAACUUUUGAAAACAA